AUGUAUACCGGAGCCACUUUUCGAAUUAAAAUAAAUGAUGCGAUAACACAACCCAUCGAUUUCGAGUCUGGAGUACGUCAAGGUUGCUCGUUAUCUAGUAUUAUAUAUAUAGCAUGCCUCGAGCCUCUAUUACAUAACAUCAGAAAUAAUCCAAAAAUCCCAGAUAUCAUUCCACCAAGGGCACAGUAUGAAGCUGUACGAAGGAAGGCUUUCCCUUAUGACGGAAUUGAUAGUACAAUAAAAGCAAUAGCAUAUGCUGAUGAUAUUGAUACUAUUGUUUUCAAUAGAGAUGAGGAGGCGGAGACUAUCAAAAUGUUUGGUCUCUACAACAAGGCGUCAGGUGGAAAAACAAAUGUUGAGAAGACUAAUGUUUUUUGGAUUAGUGACUGGCUACCACUACCAGCAUUCAAAGGACAAGUUAAACUUGACUGGUGCCGUUUCUUAGGUGUGCCGAUCGCCAAACGGGGCCAUUUUCCACCUUCUGAAUUAGUUAAACUCAAAAUGUCUUUGAAACAAAACUUGGGGAUGUGGUCGCAAGUUAGCCUUUCUCAUUUGGAGAGAAGUACAAUAUUGAAAGUUUUUUCUCUUAGUUGUAUCGUCUACCGUUUUUCCCUCAUCACAGUCCACUCAACCACUAUUAAUGAACUGCAAAAUAUCGCAAAUGCUUUUGUGUGGCGAGGCAAACACCCCACAAUUAAUUUUAAAACUAUAAUUGGAAAAAAAGUGGAUGGAGGAUUUGCCUUAUUAGAUAUUAAAACAAUGGUAGAAGGGUUUAGAAUCAAAUGUGAUCUACAUCUAAUGUCUAAUACUCCAGCGAAAUCAUUAGCGAUUAUAUCAUAUAGCAGUAGCUUUAAUUUUAUUAUGCUAAAUCCAUUCGGUCUUCUUGCUGUAGCUAAUUUUAUGUUUACCAUAACAUCAAUACCAAUUCAUCAUCAUAACAAACGUGCAGUAACUGCAGAUCAACAGAAAACUGUUCAGUUUGUAAAACAGUUAUUUGAAGAUAUACGAAAAUUUGUACUUAUUGAACGACGUGUACGAGAAGAAAAUGCUGAGUGGGAAAAACUAGACAAAAGUCAAAUAAAUGUUUUAAAAUUACAGAUUAUUAACGAAGUGUCAGGUCUAAGCGAUGACAGUGGUGAUAAACGUAGAAAAUACUCAAAAUCAAUCACUAUGCGUACAUCGUCACCGAGAGCACUUCCACAAUCACCACUUCAUUCUCCGCCGGCGAAACAAUCGUCAAUUCGAAAAAGUGUCGACACCGAUAGUUCACUAAAGAUCAAGGAAAUGACGCCAUUUCUUAAUACUGAUCAAUUAUUAUCAAUACAAGCAAUACCAUUAAAAAUAGCGGCGAACCGAAAACGAUUAGCAGGAGGAGCAACAGGUGUCAUCGAUGAUGUCGAUUGGAUAUGA